GCUGCGAUGGGUCGUCUGGGCGACUAGGAGGAAAAAGAGAAGGGGUGUUGGGCCUGGCGGGCUAACCCGGGUUGGGGACAGCUGGCGGUUCCGCGGGGCGGUGUCCGGAGAGCUGCGGGGCCCGGGAGCCCGGGGUCCACGCCACACUCCCAGGAGGUGCGCGAACCAGCGGGCCGGCGAGGAGUAGCGGCUAGCGAGACCCGCAAGCCGGGACCAUGGGCUGCUUCUUCUCGAAGAGGCGGAAGGCUGAGAAGGAGUCGCAGCCCGAGGGCGAGGAGGAGCGGCCGAAGCAGUACAGCUGGGACCAGCGCGAGAAGGUUGAUCCAAAAGACUACAUGUUCAGCGGACUGAAGGAUGAAACAGUAGGUCGCUUGCCUGGCCAAGUGGCAGGACAACAGUUCCUCAUUCAGGACUGUGAGAACUGUAACAUCUAUAUUUUUGAUCACUCGGCUACAAUCACUAUCGAUGACUGUGCUAACUGCGUGAUUUUCCUGGGACCUGUGAAAGGCAGCGUGUUUUUCCGGAAUUGCAGAGAUUGCAAAUGCACGUUAGCCUGCCAGCAGUUCCGUGUGAGGGACUGUAGGAAGCUGGAAGUCUUUCUGUGCUGUGCCACUCAGCCCAUCAUUGAGUCUUCCACAAACAUCAGGUUUGGCUGUUUCCAGUGGUACUACCCUGAGCUAGCGUUCCAGUUCAAAGACGCAGGGCUAAGUAUCUUCAACAACACCUGGAGCAACAUUCAUGACUUCACGCCUGUGUCAGGAGAACUCAACUGGAGCCUUCUUCCAGAAGGUGCCGUGGUUCAAGACCAUGUUCCUCUCCCUGCCACCGAAGAGCUCAAAGCUGUCCGCAUUUCCACAGAAGCCAACAGAAGUAUCGUUCCAGUGUCUCGAGGUCAGAGGCCGAAGAGCAGUGAUGAAUCCUGCUUGGUGGUAUUAUUUGCUGGCGAUUAUACAAUCGCAAAUGCCAGAAAACUAAUUGAUGAGAUGGUUGGUAAAGGAUUCUUCCUAGUUCAAACCAAGGAAGUGUCAAUGAAAGCUGAAGACGCUCAGAGAGUUUUUGGGGAGAAAGCACCUGACUUCCUUCCUCUGCUGAGUAAAGGUCCUGUUAUUGCCUUGGAGUUCAGUGGAGAUGGUGCUGUAGAAGGGUGUCACCUUAUUGUCAACGAGAUAUUCAACGGGACCAAGAUGUUUGUAUCCGAAAGCAAGGAGACAGCGUCUGGAGACGUAGACAGCUUCUACAACUUUGCUGACAUACAAAUGGGAAUAUGAAGUGCAACAUGGAACCAAGGACUUGAUAUUAAGCCCUUUUUAAAUUGUGUGUUAGCGGUUUUUACUAAUGUUAAAACUGUCAAAGCGUAUUUUUAAAUAAACUGUUGAAUACUGCAUUAUUUACUUCAGGUUCGAAAACAGUUCGUUUUGGGGGCGCCUGGCUGGCUCAGUCGGUAGAGCGUGCGGGUCUUGAUCUCAGGGUCGCGAGUUCAAACCCCGCACUGGGCGUGGAGCCUACUAAAAAUAACAACAACAACAGCAAGUUCAUUUUAAGUUAAGUAGUUUUCAUCAGCUUAAAAACUACUUGGCCCACUUCAAUAAGCUUGCAGUUUUGUUUCUCUGCUGAGGAUACUGUCAUUAGGACAUAGAAGUGGCUAGCAGUUCAUCAUUUUAAUCCUAAUUAGAUAUUAUUUCAAAUCCCUAAGAAUUUAAACUUUCCUCAGUGCUCCAUACUAUCGUUUGAGAAUACAUUCCAUUGCUUCUUUUCUUCUUUAAUUUAGAGAGAUUUGUUACUAGCUGAUCGAUUAGAAUGAACCUCUGCACAUUUAUUUUCACGUAUUCAUAUUCGGUUAAAUAAUUGCUUCCUAGUUGCAUAAUACGGCAAAUGAGAUUUUGUACGCGGAAUUGAGAUAAUGCUUUGUAAAUUGAAUUUUUUUUAACAAAUAGGUAUUUGAUGACCAGUUUUGCAAUUAACUCUACUAACUGAUGUUGGUAUAGCUGUUUAAAGACUACUUCGUGAGUAGUAUGAUUAUCUGAAUAAAUUCCACGCCGUGUCGUUUUUUUACUACAA